AUUAACGAGUUCAUUCUAUCAAGCCCCGUUAUUGUUAUAUUUAUCACCCUUCUCCCGCCGCUCCUACAGAACGUAAAGUGUGACACAAAAUUAAUUAUAGCGCUAUUUAGCCACCUUUACGCUAGGAGGAUAGCUAAAAGAUGCCGGCGCCAUAUAGUUAUCACCCGCUAAAAGAGCCUGGAGAAAUUAGGCUACUGUACCUAGAACCCGCCCGUAAUCGAGACGCUAUUCUUCGAGGUUCAUUUGAACACAUCGUGCUUCCCAAUAAUUACUUUACCAAUCGUUAUACGGCUUUAUCAUAUGUAUGGGGCAACUCAACGCCAGCAGAGAGGAUUCUACUUGAAUCUCAUGAAGUUGGAAUUACCGCCAAUCUUGGUGCUGCAUUGAGGGACCUCCGCCACCCUACGGCGGUCCAUCAAGUAUGGAUUGACGCUUUAUGCAUUGACCAACUCAACAUCCCAGAGCGAAAUCAGCAGGUCGCGUUUAUGAGACAUCUGUACUCCAGCGCUAGUAGCACGAUAAUAUAUCUCGGGCAACAGAGCGCGGAGACGGAGUUUCUUCUCGGACAAGUACCGCAGCGGUUGUUUUCCGAGAAUCUGUCGUCGAACAAUGCCACUAGUAAGGCUGAUGAUGUAGCAAGAUAUCUGCUAGAAAAGCCUUGGUUUCAUCGAGUCUGGACAUUUCAAGAGUUGGUGCUUUCGAGGGAUCCUUGGGUUCAAUGUGGGAGUUUGAGAGUGAGGUGGGCGGAUCUCUGCAGCUUUAUUCUCCCCAUGUAUAAGACGCCUAUUGGGACAGAAAAUGUGCUGGCGCGGAUGAAUCAAGUUCGCGAUGCGCUUCACCUUCAGAAUACCGAUGAUCCUGAUGACCGCUGUCUAUGGAAGAUUCUUGAGUACCGACAAGGUGCCCAAGCGACAGAUCCGAGAGACAUGAUUUGGGCGAAUAUGGGUCUUCACUCCGAUCAUCGAGAGGUUGAAGAAUUCGUUAAGAUUGAUUAUAAUAAGACGAUAAGAGAAGCGUUCAUUGAGGCCGGUCGUUAUGUUCUAAAGAAUGGUGGGCUUCAACGAGCGUUAUCUGGCAAGUUGAAAUCUCCUCUUAGAUCGAUUCUUCCGUGGUGGGUGCCAGAUUGGGGUGUCAGCAUCUCACCGGGUCUUGUCCACCGCGAAUACGAGGAGAUCAAAAAAAGUAAAUCCGAUCGGCUUCGAUUAUCUGAACAAACACUAGUCUUCUUCUCUGCGAGUAAUUCACUAAAUGUCCGAUUUCUCGGCGGCAUCCUCCCAGCUCCAUCAGAAUACAAGAAGCUCCACGCGGCCGCUGGUUCAGGACUUGAGCCCCUAUCAAAAGAGUGGAUGACAGCGAAAUGGGUUCAAUUCACUCAAGACCUCAAAAAUCCCAAUCAAAAUCCCAAUCAAGAUAGCCCAGAGCCGAUUGAUUGGGACAAAUAUCGAAAUGAUUGGAAUUGGAGCAGUUUACAACUUGCGUACGAAUCCGAUAAGUUCUAUAUUGACUCAUAUUUCCGACUUGCUAUUCUAAGCAAUGACUCUAUCACUAUUGUCGGCGGAAAUGUAGUGGUAGGGGAUAGUAUUAUCAGAGCGCAGGAGUCCUACUUCUACGAUAAAGGUUACCGUCAUAAUUGCAACCAGGACACCCGCCCGCAUCAUAAACGAGCCCGCGAUAUGUUUUUGGAUCGGAAACAUAAUUGGGAUGCCAAUGCGCACUUCGUUAUACGAGAUGUUAAGCCCGAUGAUGCUAUAAUUUUCGAUACCUUAGGGUCUGCUGACAAGAUUGUCGACUAUGAGCAUUGUCGCUUAAUAGGCAGUCAAUACACGGAAGUGAAAUGGGAUGCACUCUCUGGAGACACUGCUGUGCCUAGACGUGAGAUAGCUCUUCAUUAAGAGUCCAAAUCGACUGGAGGAUAGCUAUAUUGCUAUGCGAUGUUGUUUCCUGGAUUGAAGCUUUCCGAAGCGGCCUUGAUGCUGAGGCGUGGUAUUCUUCGCCAAUACCGGAUACGCCCGAAUUAAUCUCUUGCAACUAUAGAUACCCUAAAUACUGUAGAAACCUCAUCCUUAUUAUCAACUCUAGAGUUCGUGAUAAUUUCUGGGUUUUCUGUUGGAUGUAUGAAGGACUAACAUUGAAUGUACCGAUAAAAGGAUAUGACGCAUGUGGC